AAGAAAAAAAUAAAUAAUAAUCAACUUCUCAUGCAUUUAUUCAUGGCGCUUCCUCUCCUCCUCUUAGUAUCUUUUCUAGCUAUUUUGGCUCUCAACAUCUUCAUUGUUCGCUGUAGCCAUUGGAACGCCGCCGCGCACUGCGGUCGGCCGCUCCGGUUGCCGCCGGGGAGCUCUGGAUGGCCGCUCGUCGGCGAGACCGUCUCCUUCAUGCGGCCCCACUCCUCGGCCUCCUUAGGAGACUUCAUCGACCGACGCAUCGCUAAGUAUGGGAAGAUAUUCCGGACGAGCCUGCUGGGGAAGGCGACGGUGGUGUCGGCGGACGCAGAGUUCAACCGGUGGGUGCUGCAGGCCGAGGGGCAGGGCCUCUUCGCUGGCAGCUGCCCGACGAGCAUCGCGGAGAUCAUGGGCCGGCAGUCGAUGCUUGCCCUCGUCGGCGAUGCCCACCGCGAGAUGCGCUCCAUUGCCGUCGCCUUCCUCGGUGGCGGAACCAGUGGCGGCCUGCGAAGGAGGUCACGGUUUUUCGCCACCGUCGAGCGGCAGGCGGCGAAGGUCCUCGACUCGUGGAAUGAUAGAGUCUGCCAUGGCUCCGUCGGUGCCGCCGCCUCCUUCUCUGCCCACAAGGAAGCAAAGAACUUUACGUUUAGUGUAAUGGUGAAGCAUUUGAUAAGCAUGGAGGAGGAAACGGCCGAGGCGAAGCAGCUGAGCAAGGAGUACGCCACCUUCAUGCGGGGAAUGGCAUCACUGCCGUUGAAUCUCCCGGGAAUGGCUCAUAGGAAAGCUCGCAAGUCAAGGGCCAAGAUCCUAAGCCUGAUAGGGCAAAAGCUGGAUGAGAGGAUCAAGCAGAAGCUGCAGGAAAAGAAGCUUCUGAAAGAAGCAGAAAAAGCAGACAAAGCAGAAGCAGAAAAAGCAGCAGAAGAAGAAGAAGAGGGGGGAGGAGAUCUUCUUGAUUUGGUUUUGAAACAUCAAAAUCUAACUAGAGAGCAAAUUCUUGACCUAGUACUGAGCAUGCUCUUUGCCGGCCACGAAACGUCGUCCGCCGCCAUCGCCCUCGCCAUCUACUUCCUUCAGUCUUCCCCCAAAGCAGUGCAACAACUGAGAGAGGAGCACACAAGAAUUGCAAAAUUAAGGAUAGUUGAUGAGGUGAUUGCUGAGACACUUAGGUUGGGCAACAUUGUGAAGUUCUUGCAUAGGAGGGCUAUCAAAAAUGUGCAAUACAAAGGAUAUGAUAUUCCAUGUGGGUGGGAAUUGGUGCCAAUAAUUUCAGCAGAACACUUGGAUCCUUCAAUAUAUGAUGAUCCACAAAGUUACAAUCCAUGGAGAUGGCAGACGCUGCCCGUGAAGAGCGGUAACAGUCUGAUGUCGUUCGGCUGCGGCCCCCGGCUUUGCCCGGGGGCGGAGUUUGGGAAACUAGAGAUGGCAGUCUUCCUCCACCACCUUGUCCAGAGAUUUCACUGGGAGCUGGCUGAACAUGACUUCCCAGUCUCUCUUCCUUUCUUGGGCUUUCCUAAGGGCCUGCCAAUUAAGAUAAGGCCCAUUGGGCCAUGAGUUUCUGUGCUCAGAAAAGAAAAGUAUGUAAUGAGGGAAUUAGAUAAAUAU